AUGGACGUCUCAGAGGUCAUAGGCUUGGCUUUGAGCUUGCUCGACGAUGACGACCGCGGAUCUCCUGGACUCUGCUGGGCCGCGAACUUCGUGCACAUGCUCUUCGUGGACGAGUGGCAGGAUACUGACAAAGAGCAGGCGCAAUUCCUGGCCAAGCUUCUUGCCCAUCGAACGACCGUGACAGCUGUAGGAGACGACGACCAACGCAUCUAUGCUUGGCGCAGAGGUCAAACGAGCACCCCCGCAGAGGCCUUUCGUUCCCACUGGCCUAGAGCACAGCUCAAAACCUUGGGAGCCAACAGACGCUCGCUGCCCCACCUCGUCGAAGCCUCGAAAAAGCUGAUCCUCCACAACCGCCAGCGUGAGGAGAAAGAGCUGUGGCCUGCGCGUCCGGCAACUGUCUCCGACGGGCCCACAGCACAGGUCCAAGCAUUUGCCAAAGAGACAUUAUCGACCGAAGUUCGCUGGGCUGCGGAAGAACUUCGAAGAUUGCGAGGAGAAGGCACUUCGUGGGGUUCAUUUGCGGUGCUGGUACGCACGAACGCUUCAGCCUCCUUCGCGGCCCAGGUGUUUGCCCAGAUGAGCAUUCCAACCUGGCAAUCCACAGCGGCCACACGCAGCAGCAGAACUUCAGGCGCAGCCCGUGCCUCCGUCGUGCUCGACUUGUUCGCGUACCUGAGGCUGGUCGUGGACCCGCACCAUGAUGUGUCCUUCCUUCGCGUGUACAAUGUUCCUCGUCGUGGUGUUGGCAAGGCGGCCCUUCGUUGCCUGCGGGAGCAGUUCGGGGCUCCUGCUCGGCCUGCAGGAGGGGGGGCUUCAUCUCUGGAUGGGGUUGGCGCCCUCAAUCUGCAGGAGGUGGUGUCUCGUGCAGCAAGCCUUGCCGGGUCGACCAAUGGCGCCCCUGGUGAACCCGCCUCUGGAUCCCUGGAGGGUGCGAUGGGACGGCUCUUGAAGGCCCCGUGGCUGGGCGCCAACGCCAGAGCUGCACAAGGGCUCAGCAGCUUGGCCGCUGCUCUUCAUGCUGCGCGCAGAGCAGCUCAGAAUGGAAGCGGCAGCGCGGCGGAUGUGCUCCGAGUCAUCAUGGCACAGACAGGAUUGGGCAGCAUGGACCAAGCGGGACAGGCUUGUCUUGGGCAGAUGAUUGCCGCAGCGGAGAAAUUCACCGUUUGUGCUGAAGCCCCCGUGGCUGCAGCUUGCGUGGUGCAGUUCCUGCAGGCUUGGGUGGCUGUGGUUCGUCGGCUUCGGCUCCUGAGGGCACAGACUGUGAGCACCAUCCAUCAGGCCAAAGGACGUCAAUUUCCGAGCCUGGAAGAAUCUGCCCAGAUCUGGCCAGCCCGGCUUGAACCCAUAGCUGCGGGAAGGCAAGGUAGCUCCGAAGACGGCGGAGAAGAAGAGCGCCGGUCGCUGGACUCAGGAUUUCCGCAGGAUGGCCCAAGCCUUCCAUUUCAUGUGAAUCAUGCUGCCGCAGCCAUGAAACGUGGCAGCAAGGCAGGCUCCUCCAAUGAGCCCUUCCAGGACGACAGGCCAGGCGAGCCAGGCGAGGAGGAGGACGAGGAGGCACCUUUGUUAAUUCAGGAGAAAGUGCAGAAACCAAGCAACCUGAGCAACCUGGCAUGGUUGAGUUCAGGAUGUGGCCUAGGGCCAUACAUCCAACAGUUAGAGUCCAGCUUUGGCUACGAACUGCUGGUGAUGCUUUUUGUAGCCCAGCACUUGAUGAAGGGGUUUGUCAAUGAGUUCACCAGUCCCUGCAUCAACUUCCUUUAUGGUGCUUACAGAGUACCCGGACCGCAGAUGCAAGUUUAUCGCGGGGUGACACACCUUCCGUGGGCCAUGAAGCCGAUGAUUGGCUUGCUCAGUGAUACCAUGCCGAUAUUGGGCUACAACAAAGGCCCUUAUAUCCUUCUGGUGGCCGUCCUGGGAUCGGCAGCCACCGCAUGCAUUGGCUCCGUGCCACAAAGCCAGCUGACGAUCACGAGCCUGGUCUUCUGCCUUUUCCUCAUCCAGCUGCAACUCUCUACCACCGACCUGCUGACAGAAGCCAAGUAUGCCGAGAAGAUGCAGACGAAGCCAAGUGAAGGACCUGCCUUGAUGUCCUUUGUAUGGUUUGGCUUGCAGUGUGGAGGCCUUGUUGCCAUGCUGAUGGUCGGGCCAAUCAUGUCGCACUUUGGGCCCAAGCUUCCUUUCCUUGUGGUUCUGGUGCCCUCGAGCAUCAUCGUGGUGCCCUUGAUGAAAAACUACCUCCAAGAGCGAAGGCUCACGGCGGAUGAUCUCAGAGCUGCACGUGCCUUGAUCUUCCAGCAGAGGGAGGCCUGUGCUCUCUGCCUCCUUAUGAUGGCCUCCACCCUCUUGCUUACUGUCAUCGGCACAACCCUGCAGAAUGUCAAGGUCAAUGCUAUUGCCUCGGUGGUGGUGGCGGUGGUCAUCAUCUCGGCAUUCAGUCUCCUCCUGCGACCGGAGAUCGCCAAAGUGAAUGCUUUCUUUUGCCUCCAAACUGCAGUGAACUUUUCCGUGGGUGGCGCUUCUUUCUAUUUCUACACCGACACUGCGGAGCAGUAUCCCGAGGGCCCUCACUUCUCCAAGGUCUUUUACACCACCGUCCUCGGAGUCACCGGCUCGGUGUUCUCUUUGUUUGGCAUCUAUACCUACCAGAAGUAUGCCAGUGACUGGAGCUUUCGUCAGCUACUGCUGGUCAGCAAUGUGGCGCUUUGUGUCCUCAGUGUCACGGACGUGGUCUUCUUCUUGCGCCUCAACACGCGCAUUGGUAUUCCAGAUCAUGCCUUCAUCCUGGGUAGCAGCGUCUUCGCCACGAUCCUCAGCCAGUGGCAAUGGAUGCCGGGAGUCGUCAUCUUGUCGCAGCUUUGUCCUCCGGGCCUCGAGGCCACCAUGUAUGCCCUCCUGGCGGGAUGCCACAACCUGGGAGGCACAAUCGCAUCCUCCACCGGCGCAUUUAUGUUGGAGUUGUUGGAGGUGCAGCCAUCAGGUGCAAACAAGGAGUCAGAUCAAUUUCGGAACCUCUGGGUCGCCUCCGCCAUCUCCUCCGUGCUUCCAGCGCUUGUGCUGCUGCUUCUGCCCUGGCUGAUUCCAGAUCGGAAGCAGACGGAGAAGUUGAUGAAGGAUGACGAUGUGAGCGUCACACGGGGCUCACUCUGGCGGCGCAUCACUGGCCAAGAGUGA